AUGGCGGUUAUUGCAAUGCUAAAUCAAUUUCAGUCCCUGGACAUCGUCACAGCAUUAUGGACACUGCCCGCCAUUUACGUGCUCUCCAUCAUCAUCUACCGAGUCUGGUUCCACCCUCUUGCGAAAUAUCCUGGCCCAUUCCUCAGCAAGUUCACCGACAUCUAUCCCAUGGUGGCCAUGUUCAAGAUGACACGAGUAUACUGGCAAUACGACAUGUUGAAAACGUACGGUAGCCCGGUUCGGGCCUCCACAAACCAACUUUUCUUUUCUGACGCGAAGUCUUGGGUGGAUAUAUACGGCCAGAGCUCCGCUCCUUGUACAAAAGAGUCAAUUUUCUACGAUCACCUGAGCGCCACUGGAGCCACCAGUGUGCUCAACGAGAAAGGCAAGAAAGAGCAUGCCCGAGUUCGCCGUCUGCUCUCGCAUGCUUUCUCCCUUAACGCCCUCCUCAAGGAUGAAACUCUUGUAAAGAAAAGGGUUGAGGUACUUGACGAUGUGGUUUUCAAACCUGCUGCGGCAAAGGGGGAGUCUGUGGAUAUCUUUAGUAAGAUGAUGUGUCAUUUUCUCGACAUCUCGAGCUUCUUUAGUUUCGGAACCUCGUUCGAUUCUGUCUCAGGACGUGGAGAGAUCAGCCAUCAAGACAUGGAUUGCUUUUUUGUCGUCAUUCCUGUACAAUCGUUUUUCCCCUACUUGAAAUACGUCCCGAUUCCCAAAAUCCAAGACGCCUACCGUGGACUCGACAAGUUAGUGAGAUUCGUUCAAAGGACUGUCCGCGAGUUUAAAACACAGCUCGAGAUGCAGGGUGAUAGUUUUGCUAAAGGCACCUUUCUGCGCAACCUAAUCGAUGCUAGAGAUGAUGAAACCGGAGGGAGCAAGCUCUCCUUUGAAGAGCUGGUGGAGAAUACCGUCAUUUUCUUGCUUGCUGGUAGUGACACUACCGCUAUCACAUCUAUGUACUUGAUGUGGGAGUGCGGCAAGAGACCAGAGGUGAUGAAGAAGUUGGUCGAUGAAAUUCGCACAGCGUUCCCUGACCCUGAACAGAUGCCUACAUAUGAACAGGCCUCAAAACUGCCAUACCUUAAUGCAUGCAUUGAAGAGACUCUGAGAAUACGGGGUCCAUUCAACGUAGGCUUUCCACGAGUUUCCCCUGGUAAACAAAUCGGUGACCACUUCGUCCCGAAGGGUGUUGUUGUCGCUACCGUGUCUUAUGCAACUCACCGUGACGCCAAGAUAUUUCCUGAUCCUCUUGAGUUUAUACCAGAAAGAUGGUUGAACCCUAACGCUGAGAUGAGAGAUAUCAACACGCGGAGCCGGACGGUCCUAACUUCCCGCUCCAUCCCCGGUGUCUCCGGCUCGCAUACUUCAGCCCCGAUGCAGAGUUGCCAUGCGGCUGACAACUUUCUGCAGAUAUUCCUUGCCGUUGCUGCAAAAUGUAUAUAUAAUGCUUUCUUUCACCCACUGGCAAAGGUCCCGGGGCCGCGACUUUAUGCAGCUUCGAGUCUACCAUAUAUUGCCGGGCUCCUCUCAGGACACUGGCCAUUCAUCGUAAAAAAACUCCACGACGUCUAUGGCCCUGCUGUACGCUUUACACCCCACGACGUAUCAUAUAUAACACCCACAGCGUGGCAUACAAUAUACGGUCACAAGAAGGCCGGACAACUCUCUUUCCAGAAGGACAAGCGUCUUUACCGGAGUUCUCUAACAGCGGCUGACAAUAUUUUGUUGGCAAAUGAUGUUGACCACAGUCGCCAACGGCGUCUACUCUCCCACGCCUUCUCAGAAAAAGCCCUCCGUAGCCAAGAAGAUAUACUAAACGGUUACCUCAAUCUUCUGAUCAGUAAGCUAGCAGUAGAAGCUGAGUCUAAAAGGGCUGCAAAUAUGGUUCAAUGGUACAACUUCACCACCUUUGACAUCAUAGGAGAUUUGGCAUUCGGUGAGCCUUUUGGUUGCCUUGAAGCUGGAGGCUAUCAUCCCUGGGUUGCGAAGUUAUUUGACGGCUUCCGACUUGCUGUAUUCAAUCAGGCAAUAAGACGAUUACCAAUCGUUGCUCCUCUUCUCCGACAGUUCAUUCCACGCAGUCUUAUCACCAGUCAGGUCGAUCACCUGCGACUAAGUUUUGAGAAGGCAAAGAAGCGGCUUGAAAGCGGAAGGACUGAUAGGGACGACUUCAUGACCUACAUUCUGCGCUAUAACGAUGAGAAGGGUAUGACUGUUGACGAAAUUGGUGAAAAUAGUAACAUUUUGAUCCUCGCUGGUAGCGAGACAACUGCGACACUCCUUAGUGGCACAACAUACUGGUUGCUGAGGAAUCCUAAAAUUUACCAGACUUUAGUACAAGAAAUUCGUUCAACAUUCAUGAAAGAGGAAGAGAUCAAUUCCAUAUCGGUGAACAAUCUGAAGUAUCUACUUGCUGUUCUCAAUGAAGGUCUUCGGAUUUACCCACCAUCACCAGGAGGUCUGGGUCGAAUAUCUCCACCUGGAGGGUCCACUGUAGACGGUUACUGGAUGCCAGAAGGUACUGUUGUGUCAGUGCCGCAUUGGGCUUCUUAUCAUUCGAGUCGCAACUUUGCCUAUCCGGAUGACUUCAUCCCAGAGCGUUGGCUCAACGAUCCACGCUUCGAUAACGAUGUCAAAGAGGUUCUGCAGCCUUUCCAGUUUGGUCCUCGUAAUUGUCUCGGAAAAAACCUCGCAUACGUAGAAAUGCGAUUGAUACUCACCCGCGUUCUAUGGAAUUUUGAUCUGGAGUUAAUGCCAGAAAGUUAUGCAUGGAACAAGCAGAAGAUUUUAUCAUUUUGGGACAAGGGCGCCUUGAAUGUAAGGCUGAAGCGUGUUGAGAGGACUGGAAAUGCUUAA